AACUUGACCUGGACAGCGGCGCCUGGGCACACGGGCAGCCGUGGGCGCAGUCAUCACACGGCCACCUCUCGCGUAGCCAGGACCUUGCUGCCUUCUUUGGCAAGGAGCCGAGCCUGGCGCGGCCUUCGUCGUUUUCGCUAGGUGACAAGUAUGGCAUCGGAACUCAGGCCGCAGCGCCUGCGCCUUCGAAAGCCCGCGUCACCAAGCCAAGGAAGCAGGGCUACUGGGCAGUACCCGGCGAGAAGUGCCUGAAGCAUCGCUCUUUCUGGCGGGAGCUCUUCGGCCCAGCUGUGGGCCCAGAGCACUACUGCGUGAACGAGGGCCCCGCGCAGGACUGGAAAAACUCAUCCGAGCUGCAGCCAGUUCAGAAGUGCUACGACAACAGCAGCUGCUCGUCUGGGCGCACGCGGAGGUCUCACGCGCCACGGCCCGUGCGGCGGCCGGUUCUCCCGAACGACCCGGACUAUCCGAACACAGUGAUCUACCUCACCAAGGAGGCAGACGACAAGGCGCUGGGUCUUAAGUGA